AAUUUAUAUAUGAGGCCUUCCUUUAAUUAUUUAAGAUAAUUGAGAAAUCAAUUAGUAUGGUCUGCAUCUGCUAUUGGAUUGACUACAUUAACAUAGACUAAUUUUUGUAGUACCAAAGAAUACUAUUUCAAUUACGGAAGUCAUAUGAUACCUCAUCCUGAUAAAGUUCAUAAAGGGGGUGAAGAUGCUUUAUUUGCUGAUAAAAAGAUUCUUGUUGUAGCUGAUGGUGUUGGAGGAUGGGCUGAUGUAAAUAAUAUCAUGAUAAAUUAAAUUAGUUAGGCAUUGAUCCUGGAUUAUAUAGUAAAGAAUUAUGCAGAAAACUUGGAGAAGCAUUCAAAUAAAAUCCUGAAGAUGUUUCAAAUCCUAAAAAAUAUAUUAUUGCUGCUCAUAAAGUAACUAAAGCAAAAGGAAGCACUACUGUUUGUGUAGUUGCAUUAAAUAAAAAAGAGAUGAAGUCAUCUUUAAUUGGUGAUUCUGGUUAUGCUAUUUAUCGUAAAAUUGAUGAUAAAUAUCAAUUACAUUUUAAAUCAAUAGAAUAAUAGAAAUCAUUCAAUUUUCCAUAUCAAGUAUUAUUAUUUAUAUAAUUUAGAUUGGAAGUGAAGGAGAUAAUCCAAAUGUAGCUACUGAAGAUACACAUAAUAUUUAAAUUGGAGAUUUAGUUGUUUUAGGAACUGAUGGUUUAUUUGAUAAUAUGUCAGCUUAAUAAAUACAAGUUGUCAUUGAAGAUGUUAAUAAAACUGAUCCAAACAAUCCAUAAGUAUUAGCAAAAUCUAUUGCAAAUUAUGCCUAUAGAUUAUCUUUGGAUCCUAAAUAUAAUUCACCUUUUGCUUAACAUGCUAAAAUGAGUAGAUUAAGAUAUAUGGGAGGUAAAAGUGAUGAUAUAACUGUGAUUGUAGCAUUUAUUAACGAAUAAUGAUUUAUUUA